UUGCCGAACGCUCCAAAUAUAAUAUCCAUGUCGAAGGGUACUCUUGUUCACCAGAAAUUUGGUUGAAGAAAAUUAAAAUUUUAAAUUUUGUGAUGUACGCCAUAGUGCUUACAUUAUCCAUUUUUGGAUUCUUCAUACACAGUUCUGUUGUUGCUGACUGUGGUUGCGGAUCGUCUAAAUCCGGUCCAGGUUUCAGUUCACCAGAAGUGGCAAUCGAACGUGCAAAACGCGAAAAAAUACUUUAUGUCCCAUGCAUAUCGUUAAAUCCAGCCAACCCCGAUUAUCUUUCGGUAGUCGAUGCUGAUCCCACAAGUCCCAAGUAUAGCAAGGUGAUAUCGAGAUUAUAUUUCCCAGUGCAGGCGGUGAGAGAUGAAUUGCAUCAUUUUGGAUGGAACACAUGUUCUGCUUGUCAUCACGACAAGACGGCGGUGCGAAACAAGUUGAUAUUCCCAUGCUUGAACAGCGAUCGAGUUUAUAUCGUUGAUACAUCCGACGAACGGCGGCCACAACAUUAUAAGACCAUUGAACCGGAGGAGCUUCAUAAUUUGGGAUUAUCUUCGCCCCAUACAACACAUUGCAUUCCCACUGGCGAAGUGAUGAUCUCAACGAUGGGUGAUGGGCCAGCCGGAAACGGACAAGGACAAUUUCUAAUGAUCGAUGGGAAAAGGAACUUUACCGUCAACGGCAAAUAUUCAAAAUUUAACACACCAUACGGCUACGAUUUCUGGUAUCAGCCGUACUUCGACGUUAUGAUCUCAACUGAAUGGGGAGCGCCAAAGAAAUUUAAAGGUGGAAUCAAUUUAGACGAUCUAGCCGAGUAUUAUGGUCACACAAUUCAUGUAUGGUCAUGGGAUAGACGAGAGUACAUCAAACCGAUUGAUCUUGGAACAACUAAUGGCUGGUUGCCGCUCGAAACAAGAUUCCUUCAUGAUCCAUAUCAACCUCAUGGCUACGUUGCAUGUGCACUUUCAUCCACAGUAUUCCAUAUCAAUAAGAAUAGCGGAGACUGGGACGCCGAUCUUGUAAUUACAAUUCCACCGAAGAAGGUCGAAAAUUGGUGGAUGGGUUUAGCGGAUAUGCCUGGCGUUAUUACGGACAUUCUGAUUUCAAUGGACGAUCGAUUCUUGUACUUAAGUAACUGGGUUCAUGGCGAUAUUCGGCAGUACGAUAUUAGCAAUCCAGCCGAACCAGAACUGGUCGGACAAAUUUUUAUCGGAGGAUCAAUCGUACAAGGAGGACCGGUGAAUGUAGUCAAUGAUACCGAACUGGCAUGUCAACCAGAUCCAUUAUACGUGAAAGGUGUUCGCAUCGAAGGUGGCCCGCAAAUGUUACAACUGAGUAUCGACGGAAAGCGACUCUAUGUCACUACCUCGCUGUUUUCUCCUUGGGAUAAACAAUUUUAUCCGGAACUGUACAAUAAAGGCGCUUGUCUACUGCAGAUUGACGUAAACAAUAGAAAGGGAGGUAUGAAGGUGAACAAAAACUUCUUGGUCAACUAUGGAGAUGAACCGAAUGGGCCUGCAUUGGCUCAUGAGAUUCGUUGGCCAGGAAUAGAUUCUUCCAGCGAUAUUUUCCCACCGAGGGGGAGAUGGAACGACGAUUUGUAAAGGUUUUUUAAGCAUGUUCAACUAUGGCUAGGACAGUUUUGAAACUUUAGUCGACCUAUUAAAAUGUAGAGCCAA